AUGGCCAAUACCCCUGCAAUAGGUUACAAAUUUGAUGAUAUCUCAGAAAUCAACACUUCCAAAGAUGCAUGGGCAGUUGUUGCUACACCCAUCCGGUUGUGGGUGGUCCCUAGCUUCUCUGGGAAGAAAUUGCCUUACUCAAUGGAAUUAGUGCUGAUGGAUGCAAAGGGCGGUAAGAUCCACGCUUCUGUGAGGCAGUCUCUGAUUUACAAGUUCCAACCCUUAAUGAACGAGGGACGCGUCUAUCAGAUUUCCUCCUUUGGAGUCGAGGAAAGCCGAGGUGAUUUCAGAACAACUGGCCAUGGUUACAAGAUCAAUUUCCAGUUUAGUACUUCUGUGCGGUUGGUUAAAGACUUGCCUAUCAACAGGAGCCCUUACUCCUUUAUGCCUUUAUCUGAUGUGGCCCUCAACAACCCUGAUUCAUACUAUUUAAUAGAUGUUAUGGGAAUUUUAACUGGAUACAGCGAAGAACUGGAGUUUGAAAAGGAUGGAAAAAAAAACAAGAAAAUGACCAUUGAAAUAGAACAGGAUGGGGUUAGAAUGGAAUGCGCUUUUUUCGGCAACUAUGUCGCAGAGGUCUUGGGACAGAUAGCUGCUGGAGACAAGAACAAUGCUGUUAUUGUCAUUCAGCUUGCAAAGAUCAAGCCAUUCAGAGGAAAAAUAAGUUUACAAAAUGCAUAUGGAUCAACAAGAAUCCUUUUUAAUCCAGACGUUGAGGGCGCGAACUCGCUCCGGCAAAGGUUUUUAGAGGCCCAUGAACCUGCUGCUCAGGUCCUGAACCAUCUUCCAAAUUCUGGGAAGAUAUCUGUUUCGGAUGAUUUCUUGAAAAGGCAUUGGGGGAAGACAGUUGAGCAGAUCAAGAAUAUGAGAGCCAACCUUAAACCAAGUCAGAGCUUUAGUAUUCCUUUAGAACACAAUAGAACAAUAGAACACAAUAAACAGAAUGCCCUACUUGCCACAGGGAGUUGGGGAAUGAGAGCAUGGAUUUUGGAGUCAGAGGUGUGUCUAAGGCCUCCAUGGUAA